ACCCUGUCACUCACAGUUUCAAUUUUCUCAUCAAACAAACACUCUCACUCUUUUUAGCCUUUUAUUAACUUUUAUUGAUUUGAUAAAAACUUUUUGAAAGCUUUCAUUUCCAAUCACAUAUAAGGAAUAUACAACUUUCUAAUCACCCAAAAAUUUAGAGAUCAGAUUCUCAUCCACAUUCUUUUCCAAUGGGGUUAGCGAAAAAGUGGAAAAGAUUUGUGCUUUUGGUUCUUCUCAAUGAAUCUGUUUAAAAAAAAAAAAAAAAAACCCAUUAUUUAAUAUUUUCUUACAGAAUUCAAAAAAAAAAAAAAAAAAUUUGCUCAUUUUUUUGGAAGCUUCAAAGUCAAAAUGUUGGCAGCGAUCCACGAGCAACAACCCAUUUUGCAUUUCUUGCUUUUUUUUCUUCGUUAUUCACGCUCUCGACGGAAGCCCAUUUGCAGUUUGAGCCAUGGCUGAGCUAAGAGCCGUCUCUGAUAUUGACCUAUCUCCGGAGCACAUCGCCGGGAAGUGGUACUCUGCGCCGGACCUCCGGCUUCGCGAUCACCGCUUUACUGUACCUCUGGACUAUUCUCUGGAUUCAAGAGCUUCUCCUAAAAUCUCCAUCUUCGCUUGCGAAGUUGUCGCUGUUGGUAAAGAAGAACAGCCAUUGCCAUACCUAUUAUAUCUAGAGGGUGGACCUGGAUUUGAGUGUCAGCGCCCAACUGAAGCCAUUUCGUGGAUUCAUAGAGCAUGUGAAGAAUUUCGAGUUGUGUUGAUGGAUCAGCGCGGCACAGGUCUAUCAACUCCUUUGACAUCUUCAUCCAUGUCGCAACUGAUGGCUGCAGAGAACUUGGCUGACUACUUGAAACACUUUCGAGCUGACAAUAUCGUGAAAGAUGCCGAGUUUAUUCGAUUACGUCUUGUUCCUGAUGGUGGACCUUGGACAGUUUUGGGUCAAAGCUAUGGUGGUUUUUGCGCUAUAACAUAUUUGAGUUUUGCACCAGAAGGACUAAGACAGGUCCUUCUAAGUGGAGGAAUCCCUCCUAUUGGAAAUGGAUGCACUGCAGAUUCUGUGUUUCGAGCAUGCUAUGAACAGGUUGUACUUCAGAAUGACAAGUACUACAAGAGGUAUCCUCAGGAUAUUGAGAUUGUCCAUGAAGUUGUAAACUAUUUAUCGGAAUCUGACGGAGGUUGGGUGUAUCUUCCAUCUGGGGGAAUCUUUACCAUAGAGGGGCUGCAAUCUCUUGGCCUUGCGUGUCUUGGAUCCAAUGAGGGUGUUGAACACUUGCACUACAUGUUACAGAUGGUCUGGGAUCCUGUACUAGUUCCAGGAGCACCAAAGCAUAUGAGCAACAACUUCUUGAAUGCGUUUGAGAAGUGCAUGGCUUUCAAUACAAAUCCACUCUAUUUUCUUCUAAACGAGUCCAUAUACUGCCAGGGUGCCUCCUCACGGUGGUCUGGUCAUAGGAUAAGAACUGAAUAUGGGGGAAAAUUUGAUGCAAUCAAGGCUGUAAGAGAAGGUGACCCUGUACUUUUUACUGGAGAGAUGAUCUUUCCAUGGAUGUUCGAUGAGAUUCAUGCCUUAAAGCAAUUCAAAGAGGUUGCUCAUAUAUUGGCCGAGAAGGAGGACUGGCCUUCACUCUACGACAUCACUGCACUAAAUAACAACAAGGUUCCUGUUGCAGCUGCUGUUUAUUAUGAAGAUAUGAACGUAAACUUCAAGCUGGCCAUGGAAACAGCUCCAAAGAUAGCAGGGAUUCGGUUAUGGAUAACCAAUGAGUACAUGCAUUCUGGUUUGCGGGAUGCGGGGCCGCAGGUUUUCAAUCAUUUGAUGGAAAUGCUUAAUGGGAAGAAACCUUUGUUCUGAUGAUUUCCGUCUCACUUAUAACCAAACUAUUUGUGUUAUCUAGAGUUGCCUUCUUUUUGUUGAUAAUUUAGACUGGUACAUUUGUUACCUAUUUCUGAAAUAUCUAAACGGCUUUUAUAAAAAUAAAAGUGCUUCUUAGUGGUGUA